AUGCUCAUCUCCAUAGUUAUGGGCAAAGUGGACCAGGAGACUAAGAGGAAGUGGAAUGAGUCGCUGGACUACACUACGUUGCCUUCGUGGGACAAAUGCGUUGGAGUCGUUGAACGUCAUUGUCAAUAUUUGGAAUCGGAUAAGAAGCCUCCUGCUAAAGCCCCUAUGAGUCAACCAGGUGGCCAUAGGUCGCGCUCGCAGAGGAAUCAGGCAAGUCUGUCCUUCAAUUGCACCACACAAACUUGUAACAUAUGUUCACAGACAGACCACAAGACCUUUAGAUGCCCAGAACUAAUCAAUCUCGCCCUAGAUAAUCGCCUCAAUGCAGUAAAGCGCCACAAGCUAUGCAUUAAUUGCCUUGGCAGGGGUCAUCUUGUAGCCAACUGCCCGUCGACGCGGAGGUGCCACUCAUGUGCACUACCGCAUCACUCGCUGCUUCAUCGGCCAUCGCCAGGAUCGGCCGCAGCUCCCUUGCCACUCCCUCAAGCGGAGCCUGUACAAGUUUCGGACGCAGUCGCGCAUACUCACACGGAGUCUCGUUCCGACUGUGUCAUUCUGGCCACGGCACUGAUUCUGGUCAAGGAUGAAUCUGGAAGCUACAAAAUAGGAAGAGCGCUUCUGGAUUCAUGUUCUCAGGUGAAUUUCAAAUCCGAGGAGCUUGCCCAAAGACUUCGACUGCCACGGAGCAAGCUCAACCUCGAGAUUCGUAGCAUUGGUGAGACACAAACGCGAAUUAAACACCAUGCAACCACCAAUAUCAAGUCGAGGCACAAUGGAUUCGAGUUGCUCCUUGAUUUUUGCGUGACAUCCCACAUCGCCUAUCAUCCAGAAUCGGAAAUUGACAUUUCUGCGUGGAACCUUCUGCAGCACUCAUCUCUUGCUGACGAGAGCUUCAACAAGUCUCGUCGGAUCGAUCUGCUUUUGGGGACGGAAACCUUCUUCGAUAUAUUGGCAGUCGGCCAAGUUAAAUUAGGAAAGGAUCUGCCCGUACUACAAAAAACACUACUUGGAUGGAUAGUGUCUGGUCGAUGUCGAGCUCAUCCCAGAACACUCCAUCAGUACUCAUCUAUCGCAUUAACAGAAAUUGACCAAAAAAUGGAACGGCUAUGGCGCAUCGAUCAUGUGGAGCCUCCUGAGAUCACACUUACGCCAGAGCAGCGAAACUGUGAGGAGUUCUACACCAAAACGGUACGACGUAAUUCAGAUGGUCGAUUGGAAGUACGACUUCCAUUUAAAGAUGAACCUACCGUUCUCGGAGCCUCAUUCGACAUUGCCAAAAGGAGAUUCCUCUCCCUCGAACGCAGCCUAUGCAAAAGGCCUGAGGUAGGGGCCAAAUAUGUUGAAUUUAUGCAGGAGUUUCAAAAUCUGGGACACAUGAGUCCCGUGAGCCAUCCACAGUUAAACACUCCGCAUUAUUAUAUUCCGCACCACUGCGUGCUCAAGCCUAAUAGCACAUCAACAAAGCUCAGAGUGGUUUUCGACGCAUCUUGCAAGACGACGUCCCAGAAAUCGCCAACGACAUUCUGA